GUCCACGCGAGUGGAUCUUUCCAACGUUCAACGUCCAUGGGACAACAUUGCAGGCGUGACGCACAAAUAGCAACGGGAAGAUAGUGGUGUAUUAAUACCGAGGAUAUGCACUGCUUAAUCGGGUACGUGAACCAAAUUCCGUCGACAUUUAAUUUAUUAUUAUAUCAAUUGGUCUUAAGACAGGGUGACAAUAACAGAGAAGCAUGCGAGGCAACAUUCCAGAAGACAGGUGUCAGAAUUUAAGAUGGCGCUGUGUUGCUGAGUAUAAAACUGGAGACAUAACAUACUAAAUCACACUCCAGCAUUCGUGUCGCUCAGAAAGCUUUGCUUAACUCAACAUGUUCUACAAGCUGGUUCUGUUCGCUGCAGUCGCGAUGGUCCAGGCUGAAAGGUACCCUGCGGGGUUGAACCCGGGUCUGUGCCCCAACUACCCGUACUGUAACUCAGCCGCUUCCUUCCACUACGCUCCUCAUGCUGCUUCAGCAGCCCACAACUACGCUCCUCAUGCUGCGGCAGCAGCCCACAACUACGCUCCUCAUGCUGCGGCAGCAGCCCACAACUAUCCCGCAGGGGUCAGUCCAGCCUCGUGCCCCAACUACCCCUACUGCAGCCACCAUGUGCCAGUGGGCCCCCUCCCGGGGUAUCACGCUCGGCAGUACCCCGCUGGAGUCAGCGCGGUCACUUGCCCCAACUAUCCGUACUGCCACUAGCCGAACUAAUCCAACAAAACUUAUGCUGUCUUCUAGCAUUUAGAAAUAGCCAGGAAAAUGAAUAUGAAUUAUCCUUCUGAGACAGAAACGUUUUCAUGCUUUCAGGAACGACGACAGAGGACUCGACUAUUGCUUGCGUGGGAUGUUAUUACGACGGCUGUCAGAGUAACUACUUCCUUCUAUAACAGCAGCAGACUGCGAAUUUCUUUAAAUGUUAUAUAUCAGAUACACAUUUAUGUACAAACCAUGUCAUGUCAUGCUAAUACGUAAAUAUAGGCCUGUGUUCAAA